AUGUAUGGCCAAUGGUGCAACCAACUUCUCGAAACUAAGCACAAGCCGAGUAUGUACAGCUACUUUUGGGUGUUGGGCGCGGAUGAGUUCUUCCUUGGUGCCUCUCUAGGAGGCUGUGUCUUCGAAGACAACCUUGUAGGUUCCUGGCCUUUGCCAGUGAAGCGAGGAAGAUACUCGCUAGUAGGCGGUGAUCCCGUAACUCUGUCUGGAUGGUCCUUCAGAACGAAGCCCGAAAAGUAUCAAACAAUCGGCAAUUGUGCCGAAACAUACCCCAUUGUACACCUUCUACGCGGACUCGAUGAAAGAAACAAGGAUGUUCACGGAUUAUCCCUCAAGAAGAAAGCGCUCAAGGCAGCGCAGUACCAGGACACGUUGAGCGGUGAUUUCUGGACCCGAGUCGUAGGUCCCUGCGAGAAUUGUCAGUUUUUGAUCGAGCUUCAUGGGGGAAUAUUGGUAAAUUUCUGUCGUUUUGCUGGGUCUGCGGGGGCACCCGCAUAG